AUGAAGGUGGUCCUGACACUCCUUACCCUGUUCAUCGUGACCGACUACCUUAGAACAGCAUUCAAAUCCGACGUUUAUGGUCUACCAGGCCCUUGGAUAGCCCGUUUCUCAAGUCUGUACAAGCUCUACAUGGUCUACGAUGGUCAGUGCCAUGUCAAGAACCUGGACUUGCACAAGAAAUAUGGCCCAAUGGUGCGCAUAGGACCGCGCCACGUUCAUAUAUCUGACCCAGUGGCUAUUCCAACGAUAUACUCAGUGUCGACCAAUUUCGUCAAGGGCGAAUUCUAUCUUCCUUUUGGAUUCAAGUACAAUGGAAAACUGAUAGAUACGCUGUUUGCUACAAGGGAUCCUGUUAUUCAUAAGCGUAUCAGGAUCCCUGUCUCCCAGAUGUACUCGAUGACUUCAGUACGAACGCUGGAGCCUGCAGUGGACGAAUGCUCUGAUAUUUUCUUGAAGGCUAUGCACGAGCUCGAAGGGCAAGAUAUUGAUUUCGGUGCUUGGUUGCACUGGUGGGCUUUUGAUGCUGUUGGUGCCAUUACCUUUAACAAGCGCUUUGGAUUUUUGGAGAAGCACAAUGAUAUUAAUGGAAUGAUAGACUCUCUCAAGAAAGCUCUUUCAUAUGGGUCUAUCAUCUCUCAGGUACCUUCUUUGCAUCGAUAUCUCAUUGGAAAUGAUACAUUCUUGGCAAUGUUGAAGUUGUUGCCUGGAUAUUUUGAUCCUUUUGGUUAUAUGUGUUCGAUUGCAACAGAAGAAUUGAAACGAUAUGACGAAGAGAAUCAUGGCCAUAGAAACGACUUUCUAGCAUGGCUCAAGACUGACGCCGAUAAGGGAAAGUAUAACGUUAGUGAGUCUGAUAUGAUUGGUUAUCUCCUGGCCAAUUUGAAUGCAGGUAGUGAUACCACUGCAAUCACACUCCGUGCUAUCUUUUACUACCUCAUGCGAAACCCUCAGUCGUUCAGAAAACUUCAUCAGGAGAUAGAUGAAGCGGAUUCUGGUAGACGCCUCUCUAGGCAUAUCAGCUACACAGAAAGCUUACAGCUACCCUAUCUGCAGGCAGUCAUGAAAGAAGCACUCCGCCUGCAUCCAGCAGUAGCGGCACCAUUGGAGCGGGUUGUCCCACCAGAAGGCGCGACAGUGUGCGGCCAUUUCCUCGAAGCUGGCACGAUAGUCGGGAUGAAUCCCUGGGUGGUUCACCGCGAUACAGCAGUCUUUGGAGCAGACGCCGGGAGUUUUCGUCCUGAGCGUUGGAUAGACUCAUCUGAAGAGCAGCUCAAGGAGAUGAAUCGUUAUUUUAUGGCAUUCGGGCAAGGUUCGCGUACUUGUAUCGGAAAAAAUAUCUCCCUUAUGGAAAUGGGGAAGAUUGUGCCACAGAUACUGCGGGAUUUUGACAUGGAAUGGGCGUCACCUGAGCCAGACUGGACGGUGACGACGCAUUUCUUCCCUAUGCAGGAUGGCUUAAUCGUUCGACUAAAGCCACACAAGACUGAAGAUGGAACAAUGAAAUUGGCGAUUUAA